AUGAGAGGGAAAAUAUGGAUGAUGAUAGUAGUAGGAAUUAUAUAUGCAUGUUAUGUAGCUGAAAUAAGUGCCGGAGCUUCAGAAAGCAAGCCAGAACAUGAAAAAGCUAAGGAUCUAGAAAAGCAGCUGGCGAAAAAACAUUACGACCCGAAGCUAGAUAUGCAGGCGGGUGACAGAAUUGGAACCCUUAUAAUUAAGAUACUGCAUGCCGCGUGGUCGCCUCAAGUGAUCAGAGACGUAGCAUCUAAAAUCGAAAGUAGCGCAAGGGGUGGCUGUAAUUCUGCGAUUUCCGCAUAUGCAGAGGCUUCCAAGCAAUUGUAUGACCUAAGAAUACCUGCUACAAACGAAAGACUUUGGAUUCAAUAUGCAGAAGAAUCUGUAAUAAACAAAGGGAAGAACGACUUUAUCGCAGAUAGGCGGGCAAGGAUGGAUAGAGUUGUCGAAUGUGGUCAUAAUACUAAAACAACCAAUCCUGAUUCCAUGAUGAUGACCCAAAUAAAAUUGGAGUUCUAUCUCCCUUGUUAUUUAGACGAAAUACAUGAGGUGUCUACGGAUGUGUGCAAACCCCCUAAGCAUCCGGAAUUUUACAUGCACAAAGCCAUACAAUCCCUGAGUGAACAUGUUAUGGAAGCAGUUGAAAGAAACACCAACCAAAGUGUGAAGGCCCAGGGACAGCGCAUGCGCUCGGUUUGGAAGGAUGCAUCUAAAAAAUUGGCAGAGCAGGUUUUUCUUUGUAAAGAAAAAUCUUCUUGGUAUGAUUUGAAAUAUUCCAACAUUAUUCCGCAACUUAAAGAAGACUUGAAGCCUAUAUAUAGCAAAAGCUGCUUUGCGGAUAUUUCUGAUCCUGAUUGUGGUGUAGAAGAAGAAAAAACCUACAAAUUAUACACUGAAUGCAUGAAUAACUUUGUCGAUAUGUUUGAACUGGUUCUUACUAAUGAUCCCGUGCUGCACAUUAGUACAAAAUAUGAAUAUUUAUACAUUUUUACGAAGUCGCUGGUUCUUGGGCUAGGGAUGAAUGCCUAA